AGUGGCACGGCUGCCCCGGGAGAGAUCAAACCAGCUUCCCACCACGUCCUGAAGCAAGCCGGUGCUGGGAUGCUCCCUGGGGAGAUGUGGGGGCUGCUGACCUUGCUGAUGUCCUCUGCCGCUCCCCCGGUGCCUCCCGCCCCGGGCAGCCCCCUGUCAGACAGCGAGUACCGGCUCUUCUUUGCCAGCCUGCAGCCCCCCUGGAAGGCAGAACUGUCCUGCCAGCUGCGCCAGGCGCACGGCUGCCUCAGCCCCGCCGUCCUGCAGCGGGACCAGGAGGAGAACCACGGCCGCGUCCCCAGAGGGCCAGUCUGCUCUGACUUCCCAGAGGCACCGUGGUUUCAGACCUUCUGCCAGUUCGCCCAGUACCGCUGCUUCAAACGCCAGUUCUACACCAAGCGAAUCCCCUGUCCGAGUUCGUCUCCUCCGAAAAACCUUCUCCUCCCGACGGAGCGACCCCACGUCGUGGUCUUCUGGACAAGGGGCAAAAGCUCCCCUACGGAAGAAGCUCCGGGGCAGGCUUCUCUCUCGCCCGCCGAUGCCCUGCUGCGCGCCAACGUGGAUGCUCUCCUGAAGUACUCCUACGCGCUGUCGGGUCAGAAACCGGUGCCGAAGAAUCUCCCCCUGCCCACCCCGGGGGUGCCGAGACCCCCGCAGGGCAGGGGGCUGCCUGUGCUCCCGCCGACCCUGCCGGUGCCGGCUGCCCCUGCCUCCUCUCCUCCCAGGCUGGGAUUCCCUGCCCAGGAGGAGCAAACCUGGGAGCAACGCCUGCGGAACGGCGUCUGGCAGCUGAUCCGCUUGGCCCUCUCCUUGGAGACGUCCUUGGGCACCGAGGGCUCUUCUCCGGACUCCAGCAGCAAGUCAGACCCGGGGAGCACGUCAGGGAGCACCGAGGAGGGGGUGCAGGAUACGGCCCCCCCCGGCAGCCUUUUAGCGCUGAAGAAGGACGAGGCGGUGAUAAUCCUGUGCUAUGCAAUACUGGAGGGAAAAUGCCUCUCGUCGGUGGUCACCCAGGCCUGGAAGGAGAUGGAAGAAAGAGUCCUUGGGUUCGGAGAUUCGGUGUGCGACAGCCUUGGGCGGCAUCACACGGACCUGUGCCCCGACUGCGCUUUCUGCUCGCUCAAGAGGGAGCAGUGUCUGAACAUCAGAAACCUGAACCGCGUUCGCUGCGAGACGGGCGGCUUCACCGCCUACAUCAACCCCCAGAUCUCAGCCCAGCACCGGGCCGCAGGCGACGAGACCAGCUCCCCAGAGACCUCGGAGUACUAUGGCAUGGAGGUUUUCAGAGGGCUGAGGAUGGAGUACUGGUGCAGCCGGAUUGCCACCCACGGCUGUGAGGACCCUCGUGUGACCCUCUGGCUGAAGGCAGAGUACGCUGCCUUCCAGGAUGGAGAUGCCCCGAGCCAGAUAUGCGACUCAGACGGACUUCAGCACCCCAACUACUGCGUGUUCAAGAGCCACCAGUGUCUCCAGCAGAGCCUCUACAACCAGAGGAUGUCUCGCCGCGGCUGCCACAGAAACGAGACGUACCGGGUGCUGAGUGAGAAGGAGGGAGAGGAGGAGGUGCGGCUCUGGCGUCAGAGGUUCCUCAACCUCACCAAGGGGUGAUGCACGGUACCAGGUGGAUGCGCGGGAAGCACAGGGCUCCCGAGUAGGCUCUCUGGGGCUGUGGUGGGGCAGAGAACCUGGAUAGACUUGGACAGCUCUUCCCAGACCCCUUGCUGGCCAGCCAGCUCAUCGUGGCCAGAUCUCACCUUCCGAGCGCCCGCUCUGCACUGGCGGCAGCGUGAGGGGAGCCUGGCUCAACAGCAUUUCACUGUGGCACCUGCUGGAACUCCUCCUGAAAACAUUUUCUGCAGCCAAAGGAGCAGCUGAACACCAGAGAAGGCAUCAGCCCUGGGAAUCUGGAUUUAGAGCCACUGGCCCAAGUGUCCUUGUCUGAAAUUCCCAGCCAUCUUCUCGCCCUUCUGUAGUUCUCCCAAGGA